AUGGGCGCGGAAACAGAUCUGUGCCACCUUUGCGGUGGCCGGAUUCACACUAAAUGUCCUUUUAGGAGUGCAUUCUCCACUUCUAAGGCCCUCGUCGAAUCCGAGGACGACCGAGCGACCAGCUCGCCAAUAGCCGUCCGGGUAUUUAGAGCGGCCACCCUCAGCACCCUUGUCAGGGUGCCCUUCAGUCCCUUCGACACCGAAGCGACCCUGGCCACCUCCUCCUGGCUCUCCAAAACCGCCGCGGCCAAAUCGCCGGUCGUUCGGCGCCGGAAAUCCCGAGCCAGCUCCGCCUUAUCGGGGAGAGGAAUACUCGCUCUGCUCGUCGCGGGGGCCGGGAUUGAGGGGUCGAGUAUAGUUCAACCGCCUCCAGCUCAUCCUCCAUCCGGCAAGCCUCGACGUACUNUGCCCACUCCUCCACCGAGCGCACCCUCGACCUCGCAGGAGGUGGCACAUCGGCAGCCGAGACAGUCGCCGACUCAGAUGGUCGCCGCCCAGCCACCCCCGUCCCUGACCGCCCCACCGGCCGCCGAAAGGAGGAGGAGGCAGUGUUUUGUGCGGCAGGUGGCAUCACCCGCGGCGCAAGCUCCCUCCUCAGCGACUCCAGUUUGUCGUCGACAAGAGAGCUGA